GGGAACAGUUUUUACAGGAUGAACUGUCUUUGGCAGGUAUUGGAAACUUAACCAAGCCAGGAGCUUUAGGUUUGAAUAUCUCCUCUCUGAUGUUGUUAUAUGGCCAAUCCAUCCCAGGCUCUAACUACUGGAAUCUCUUCACAUCGGACAGAGAUGUCCUUUUUUUUAAAAAAAGUUUUCCAUGAUGUCAAUUCCUUUACUCAAAUGGACAUGGUUGUAUGGACAAGAAACUCAGGAACACUUCAGAAAUACUGUAUUUAAACUCUUUUGUAGAAUCUUUUAUAACAUUGUUUUUAGCACAAAGUUGGAAAAGCCAGCAACAUUGAAUAACACAAAAUGCUAAGAUGAUUUGCACUUUCUCAGCUGCUCGCCGACAUGUUGUCUUUUCCUGUAGCUACAUGUAAGAUAUUUACACUAGAAUAUAAGAUAAUAAGCACGAUUUCUUACUUAUUGAAUCCUCUGUUAAAUUUAAGUGUAUUGUUGUUUUACUGUAUUUAUAACUUGUGGUCUGUACCUUGAUAAGGAUAAAAGUGUGUAAAUAUACCCAACAUGCACUGCACUUGAAUGCUUUCUGAACAUCCAGACCACAUCAUUAAGGUUUCUAGGAUGGAUCUCAAAUGGAAAGAAGAAUUCUAACAUGAUGUCGCAUUGAUACAGUCUUCAAAUAUUCAUAGCUCGUUCAGGUGUCUGAGUCAGGCUCUUCCUGCUCCCUGCUAGAAAGUCUCUACUUUCAACGAUGACUUUUAAAGAGGCUUGUUGUAUCCAAAGUGGACGUGGACACAGAUGAUGACUAGUCCCUUGGGACACAAGGGCACAGAUAGCUGUUAGCACUGUGAGGUGUCUGUUUUAUUAUCUGCCCAUUCCCUAAAGUCUCUUAUUUGGCUGUCAGAUGUCCACGUGUAGUUACUUGAUGACAGUCACAGGGUCAUUUCAAUUUCCCCAAAUUCCAAAUAUAGUAAAAAUUCAGCUUCACUAACAUUAUGGUCUCAUGUCAUACAGCUUGGAGUUGGUAACUGAACUGUCCAGCCGACUUUGCUCUGAGCUUAUUGGCUCGUUUAACAGGGGAUCUAGGUAAAACCGUUUAGCAACCCAUUAGAAUGAAUGAGUCCCUCCAGGAAGUUGUAAUGAAAUCAUAAAUGUAACCAAUCCUUGCACCAUUUCCUUCUACUUUUGGCCAAUCUACAGAACUUUCCUGAAAGUGUAACCAAUCACCCCUUUUCCAUAGAUGGACAUAGAUCCCCGUAUACUUUACUAUUAUUUGGUUGUAAUGUGUCUACACAGUUCUGCUUGUUCUGUGUUAGCAUCUUAGCACAGGUUUAGCAUACUGGCGAACAGACUUGAAACGUUAUCCUUUCUCUAUAAAUGUUUUAUAUUUAAUAUUGGGUUUUUUUACCCCAGAUUUGGGUAGAAGACACAAUCUGUAGGAGGCUAAAAUACCUGGAACGUCAUAAAUUUAGAAAAGAGCGGCAGUUACGUCAACAGUGCAUUUCUGAAAAGUUGAAAUAUUUUCAACUUGAGCGCUCUGAACGGCUGCUUUCUGCUGCGAAUGCUCUCUACCUGUUGAAAAGAAGACGCUGAGUUAAAAGAUUAUGGGUGGACACGGGGCCUCAAACAUUCAUAAAUUUUUGUUUUGUGACUGUCUGAGCUGAGAGAAAAGUGAACUGUCAGAUGAAAGCAUGCUGUUUUUAUUCAGCACACUUUCUUUGUUUGCAGGUUUUGACGUGAUUUAGAGAAGAGACAUGUUUAAUUCAGAGUGCUUGAGUUUAGUUAUUGUUGCUACAAGCAGAGAAGACUGAAACCAACAGCAGGUCUGUUGACUUAGACAUUUGUCCAGGGGGUGUGUUUGUGUGGGUGUGUUUGUUUGUUUGACUGGCUUGCAUUCAACUUGUUAGCGGUUUUAAAGGCAUUGAUGACACCCACUUUGAAAACAGGUUCUUCCUGCUCUGGGGAAGAGAGAAACCAUCUUGGGCUAUUUAUUGAAGAAUUAGUGAAGCACAAAACUACUGAGAGAGGGGUGGACAUUUUAAUUCUGAAUGAUAUUACAUUGUUCACUAUAAGGUUAUUUUGAUUUUAAGUUCUGGACUAAUCUCGUAGUGGGCACACACUCCAUGAAAAAAACCCAACUGAUUAUCUUAUACAUAUCAAGAAUAUGCUAUGCCUCCAGCUGCAAUUUAAGUUACGUGAGAAGAUUAAAUUAGACUUUCAUACAGGCUGGUUGUUGUGAUUGGUUGGAAACUGUCACUUUAUGAUGCAUAUUAGAUUUAACAAAAACUGAUAAAAGCUUUAAAUUAAUCGUGUAACUGCUCACACAAAUGUGUCAGUUAUCUGAAUCCAUAUUUCAAUGCUGUAUAAUGAUGAGCAUAAUGAGCAUAGGUGUCACUGAUUACAUCAAAACAUGGCUGCAUUUCUGAACAUGAGCCAGACCCAGGGUUGUGGUUUUAUGUUUGAUGGUUCUGAUGGCAUUAAGCCCAAAAAUGUUUCACCUGUGUUUGUCAAGGUGUGCCAAUCAAACGGUCUACUGUAAAAUUGGUUUAUACCAGACCUUAAGAUUGGUUUUUAUCUCCUCUUGAUAUAUGAGCGUGCUCAGAUCUCACUUAAGUAGGGAGAAGUUGCUUCUGCAACAAAAGGUCAGGGUGUUUUACUUCAGCUUAAAUUAUUUCCUGUUGACCUGGUUGUGUGUAGCAGUGUAACGAAUGGCUUUUUAGUGUGUAGCUGAUAUUGGACACUAGAAAUAAAUGAUUGUGUGCGUGGAACCAUCACUACAUGGGUGGAACUAUCAAUUCCCGGUUUGUAACAAUGACUUAGAAUCAGACAUUCAAAGACUACCAGUGUUGUAACUCGUGUCUCGUUUGUGUGCAACAUCAGAUGAGAAACCUGGAGACUCAGCUAGGACAGGACCUAAGACAGGUAUCAUCAUGCAACAACUUGCAUGAAGGUGAUGUGUUGCAGUGAAGGCUUGACUAAUUGGAACUCAUGGCUCCUCCUCUCGACUGAUAUUGCUUUGAUUACAUCAUCAAAACCUUCUGGUUUUUAUUAUGUUCUUAACCUGCUUGGAAUGGGUUGGUCAGAUUUAAUCAUUGUUGGCCUUGUAUGUGUGUGAUUGAAUAGUGAAGUUGUCUUAAACAUGAGGAUUUUUUUAAAAAGAAGUUUGUGUAGAUCAUGUUUUACAUAGUUUAAAACAAAGUGUAGAUUACGUAGUGUAGGAUGACAAUGGCAUGGAACUUGGAAUGUGGAUCAAUUAGACAUGCCUGUCUAAUGUUUGGUGCUGCUGCAUAACAGAUUGAAUUUUCGCAUGAUCUACGCAUCCUAUAACAACUCACUGUUACAAGUGGUUAAAACACCAAAACAGUGUUGUUGCUCAUUCAUCUCAGAACCCUCUCCAACCAAAGAUGUGGGCUGGAAGCUGCGGGAGGCUUUAAAGCAACAGCUGGCCAUCAUCCAUGAACGUGUGGAGGCCAAGAAACUUGCCAAGUUGGCUCUGGCUGAGGUCAGAGAGAUUCUGGCCAAAGAGGCGGAGGAGAAGGAGCUUGAGCUGGGGAGGAAGGACAUUUCAAGUAAGGUGAAGGAAAGAGUGGCCGCCAGACUGAAAGAGGAAGAGGAGAAGAUGGAAAAGGAAGAAAUGGAGAAACUAAAGAAGGAAAAAACAAACCAAGUGGAUGACAAAAAGAAAGACGUGAGCAAGGUUGGGGACAAAAAGCCAAUGAAAGUAGGGGAGAAAGAGGAGAAGUUGGAGGGAGAGGGAAAGAAAGCAAUAAAGGAAGAUGGAGAGAAGGGGUCAGAGUCCACCAAAGAAAAAAGAAAGAAAAGCAAAGAGAAAUCCGAAGGUGUUAAAAAGAAGUAAGAUUUAAUCGGCUAUAAGGAAGGCAGCGUUCUCCAUUUUCAGCCUGAGCAUCAGGUGUUUAGCAUUACUUUGGCACCAAUCGUUUGUCCAUUGAAACAAGUUUCUAUUCAUGAAAUAGUUAGAUUUUCUAGUUCACUAUUUCCUUCUUGAAAAUACUAAUCAAUCAUCUGCCUUUUCUUAACCUUUUUAGUUUUUUCAGUUUUUGUUUAGCUUGUUUAUGGACAGUCAACGUCAUCUUUGGCUUCUAGUCUUUUUUCUCAAAUCAAUGUGCUGUUGAACUUUUUCAUCCUUUCUCCUUACAAACACUUCAACAUCUAUUCAACAUCAUAGCUACUUUUGUUUUUCGACCGAAUGACGGAGCUCAUGAGCUCGCUGCUUCAAUGCAAGUGCUACCAGCAAAAGAGAUUCUUACAAGACUGAAACCACCAAAAAAAAUGCAAAUUAAGAAAGACCAGCACAUCCCCCAAAGUGCGGUCUGAAUCCAGAAACGCAAAGGUACAAAUAAGCAAAAAUAAUCUGCACACCAGGGAGCUCCCGUUGAAGGAAAAGUGACUUUUCCAGCCAACAUGCUCUUCAUCAGACUUUCCAAUCCUUCAAUGAGAACUCCUGCAGAUCUAAUUGAGAUUAGAUUUAAUUUAAUUGAAAUAGAUUAAAAGUGUUCAAAUGUAUCACAUGUUCUUCAGAGUUCAUUUACAUGUUAACUGAUGUGCUUUGAUCUUUUUUUCAAAAUAGUUGAAGUAUUAGAUGCUAAUUUUUCUUCUUAAUUUAGUCAUUUUUGUGUCACAUAUUCUGUCAAUAAAGUGUCCUGAUCUGUG